AUGUCGGCUCAAGAAGGUAUCGCCGAUAUACAUACCAAUGUCGGGCCAACAUCGAGCCGUGUUGCACUCCCGAUCUCGGGCCGAUAUACAUACCAAUGUCGGGCCAACAUCGAGCCGUGUUGCACUCCCGAUCUCGGGCCGAUGUUCAGUCACGGCUAUGCAGUGACUCUUGAGGAGCUGAAAGAAUAUGUAGACUACGACCACAGUGAAUUGAAGCUAGAGAGCAAGUGUUUGGCAAGGUUCCACGAUGACCUUUGGUACAAGGCCACGGUCAUUUACCCUCACGACACAGGGGUCACGGUAACAUUCGAUAGUUACCAAGAUGACCCAGUGCCCCUACCCUGGGGAGGUGUGAUUCCAUUACCAGACAUCUCUGAUGAACAAUCGUCCUUCUGUAAGGAAGGCACAGAUGAUGACGUUGACGAUGACAUCACAGAGGUUCUGCCCAUUGAUCGGGAGGAGAGUGACGAUGAUGAUGCACUUCCUGUGUUCCUAUGGAAACUAUCGAGUCACGGACUGGGUGAUCUUGGAAGGUGGGAGGAGCACACUAAGCUUUCACAGGGUAUAGGCAGUCGUCUGCUACAGAAGAUGGGUUAUGUGCCGGGAAAGGGGCUUGGUUGUAGGGGCGAGGGCCGGGUAGAACCAGUACCCAUUCAACUGCUGCCCCAGGUUGGUAAGUCUCUGGACAGAAUUAUGGCUCUGAAGGAACUGGCAGGUGACCGAGAUAUAUUCGAUGCCAUGAAGCAACAAGACAGGAAGGACAGGAAGAUGGUGCGGAAACUUGAGCAGCAGUAUCACAAGUUGGAGAGUAGGCCGGAUGUGUUUGAGUUCAUCAAUAAACGGCUUGGAGGAAAGAAAGGUGAGUCACUUCUGAAAACAAGCGAGGAAAUGAAGACAGUGGAAAAGGAGCUUGUAAAGUUGAAACAAUCACUGAACAGAAACGAAAACAGGUCAGGAACAAACAAGAAUAUUGCAAUAAAAAUAAGAACCAAGAUUUCUUCUUUAGAAGCGUACCUAAACAAGUUAAAGCCUUCCGAGUCUGCCAUUGAGUCUCACAAACAGAAGAGAAAAGACCUCAAAAACCUUACCAUAUUUUAACAUUCAGUUUCAUAUAUUUUAAUAAAGUUUACAUUU